AUGAAGAAAAAUAAGUUUGAUCAUAAAAUCUAUCGUAGUAGUGAUUCUGUGUCUUCGGAAAGAAACAGUGUACAUGAACUGUCGGAAGAAUUGGAGCAGAUGAAGUGUUAUGUGGAGUCAAAAAUUGAAGACAGAAUAAAUGCAGUAAAGAAAUCAGGCAAUCCAUUGUUAGUCACUGUGAUGGUUCAGAAUAAUCAAUUGGAAAUGGAAGUGGAUUCGGGCGCAUGUGCAUCGUUGAUAAGUGAAGAUAUGUAUUUAAAAAUGUUUUCAUAUGUACCAUUAAUUGAUGUUGUAGUUAAUUUUGUAUCAGUUACAGGAGAUAAAGUUAAGUUGUUGGGAAAACUGUUGGUUAAUGUGAGGCUGUGCAAUGACGUUGAAAGCAAAUCUGUUGAAUUGGAGUUAUUUGUGAUUAAAACUGUUAAAUACCCAAAUGUUAUGCUUAAAUUAUCAAAUCAGGUAAUAAAAAAUUAUAAAGCUGAAAUAGUUUUAAAGGAUAAUGUUAAACCAAUUUUUCACAAAGCAUAUACAGUUCCAUUUAAAUUAAGAGAAAAGGUGAAUGUAGAAAUUGAUAGGUUAGUGAGUGAGGGUAUUUUGGAACAAGUGAAGUUUAGCGAAUGGGCUAGUCCUAUAGUAAUUGUACCAAAAAAAAAAAAUGGUAGCAUUAGAAUUUGUGUUGAUUGUAAGGUGACUAUAAAUAAAUUUAUACAAACACAUCAUUAUCCCUUACCUAAUAUUGAGGAUUUAUUUGCAAGUUUGGCAGGUUGUACAGUGUUUUGUGUAUUAGAUUUGUCUGGAGCGUAUCAACAGUUAGAGUUGUCAACAAGUUCAAGAGAAUAUUUUACAAUAAAUACAUUAAAAGGGUUAUUUAGAUUUACAAGAUUAACAUUUGGAGUAGCGAGUGCACCAGCUAUUUUUCAAUCCAUUAUGGAUCAGAUAUUGCUAGGGUUGGAAAAUGUGUUCUGUUAUUUAGAUGAUAUAUUGAUUGGGGAAAAAACUGUUGAAAAAUGUAAACAAAAUUUAGAGUUGGUUUUAGAUAGAUUAAAUAAAUUUAAUGUUACUAUUAAUGUGGAUAAGUGUAAGUUUUUUGAAAAACAGGUUGAUUAUCUAGGACAUACAUUGUCAAAGGAAGGUAUUCGUCCACAAGUACAAAAAUUGGAAGCUAUAAAAGAGGCUAGAGCACCAAAUAAUGUGACAGAAUUACAAGCGUAUUUAGGGUUGUUAAAUUAUUAUGGGAAGUUUAUUCCUAAUCUCAGUAGUGAAUUACAUGAAUUAUAUCAGUUGUUAAGAAAAGAGACUAAAUUUAUUUGGAGUAAUAAGUGUCAGGAAGUGUUUGAAAAAAAUGGUUCACCAUAUGGUGUUGGAGCAAUACUAUCUCAAGUAGUUGAUGGGGUAGAAAAACCAGUGUUAUUUGCAUCAAGUUCAUUAUCACCAGCAGAACAAAAGUAUUCACAGUUACAUAGAGAAGCGUUAGCAAUAGUAUUUGCAUUAAAAAAAUUUCAUAAAUAUAUAUAUGGUAACAAAUUCACAUUAUGUUCAGACGCUCAAGCGUUAAGAGAAAUAUUUAGUCCACAGAAAGGAACAGUAGUGGUAGCAGCAUCAAGAUUACAGAGAUGGGUAGUGUUGUUAUCCAUGUAUGAAUAUGAGUUUCAGUAUAGACCAAGUAAACAAAUGGUUCAUGUAGAUGCGUUGAGUAGGUUGCCAUUAAAUACAAGUACAGAUAUAGAAGAGGAUGUUAUUAGUAGAUUAUAUAUAACAAAUGAAUUUAAUUUAAAUACAACAGAUGUUGUUGAGGCUUUAAAAAAAGAUAAAACGUUGUCUAAAGUUUAUAAUUAUGUAUUGCAAGGAUGGCCUAAGAAGGUGGAAAAUGAAAUUGAGUAUUAUUUUAAGUUAAAGGAUAGCUUAGGUACACAGGACGAUUGUUUAUUUUUUGGUGAUAGGAUUGUUAUUCCAGGGGUAUUGAUAAAUACAAUUUUGAAAGUGUUACAUAAAGACCAUGAAGGCAUUGUAAGAAUGAAAAUGGCAGCGAGAAGUGUUUUGUGGUGGAAAACUAUGAAUAAAGAUAUAGAGGAGUUUAGUAAAGGGUGUCAAAUAUGUGAUCAGACUUUAAAUGUUGGUAGGGAAAAAGUUGUGUCAAAAUGGCCUAUAGCAGUUAAACCAUGGCAAAGGGUACAUGUUGAUUUUUUUCAUUUGGAAGGCUGUACGUUUUUGGUAAUAAUUGAUGCUUACAGUAAAUAUAUAGUGGUGAAAUUAUUAAAAAAAACAAAUUGUGAAUCGUUGAUUAGGGUAUUACAUGAGAUUUUUGCAUAUUUUGGAUUACCUGAAGAGAUAGUAUCAGACAAUGGUCCUCCAUUUAGCUCGUGGUUAUUUAACAGUUAUGGAAACCAAAGUAAUAUUAAAAUAACAAAAACACCUCCAUAUCAUAGUCAGUCCAACGGCUUGGCUGAGAGAGCGGUUCAAAGGGUUAAAAAAUAUUUUAAAAAGUAUAUUUUGGAUAGAGAAUUAGAGAAAUUGGGUAUUGAAGAAAAAAUAAUAAGGUUCAUUACAGGAUAUAAUACUACACCUUCAACAGUUACAGCAAAGUCUCCAGCUGACAGAGAUGAUGUAAUGAUAUGA